AUGGCAGAAACAAAAGUCUUAUAUAUCUUUUUCUUCUCCGCGUUCUUCCUCAUAGUAGAUAACCUUUGUUUUGCCGAAGCAGUUGGAGGUAGCAGUUGCAGCAAGAACUCGGCAGGGGCUGAUGUGAAACUGUCGAUUCAAAAUGAUAGAGUUGUCGUAGACAAUGACAUUGUUGAGCUUACUUUUACGAAGCCGGGAGGAGGAUUGAUCGGGCUUCGGUAUAAUGGAAUCGAUAAUUUGUUGGAGGUUCAUGCUCCUAGUGAUUUGAAUGGAGGGUUUUGGGACCUUAAUUGGAGUGAAUCCAAUGACACUGGCAUAAGUGGCAAAUUUGAUAGGCUAAAUGCAACUAGAUUUGAGGUUAUAGUUGAAUCAAAAGAUCAAGUGGAAUUGUCAUUUAAGAGAAUAUGGAACAUUUCACAGCAAGGCCAGAUUGUCCCAUUAAAUGUAGAUAAGAGGUUUGUGUUACUUCGAGGUUGCUCAGGUUUCUAUUCAUAUGCCAUCUAUGAACACUUAAAGGAGAUGCCUGGUUUCAUCCUCUUCACAACUAGAAUUGCAUUCUUGCUCAAUUCUGAAAAGUUUCAUUACAUGUCGGUGGCGGAUAACAUUCAGAGAUUCAUGCCUAGUCGUAUUGAUCGGUUGCCCAAUAGAGGCCAAGAACUAGAAUAUAAAGAAGCAGUUCGAUUAGUAAAUCCGGUUGAAAAAGAAUUCAAAGGAGAAGUCGAUGACAAAUACUUCUACACAUUAGAUGACAAAGACAACCGAGUUCAUGGAUGGAUUUGUCAAGAACCGGCUGUGGGAUUCUGGCAAAUCACUCCGAGCAAUGAGUUUAGAACUGGAGGGCCUUUUAAGCACGAUUUGACAUCCCAUGUCGGUCCAACAACUCUCGCGAUAUUCUCUACUCCCCAUUAUGCUGGAACAGAUCUUGGAGUAAAAAUCGAAAAAGGAGAGGAAUGGAAGAAAGUAUUUGGACCGGUUUUCAUUUAUCUUAAUAAAGCAAAAUCCGGAGCUCAAGCAUUCUCCCUUUGGGACGACGCGAAAAUACAGAUGAAAACUGAAGUCCAAAGCUGGCCAUACACAUUUCCAGCUUCAAUUGAUUAUCCAAAAUCUAAUAAAAGAGGCAAAGUCAGCGGAAGAUUACUAGUUCAAGACAGGUUCGUGAAGGACACAAACAUCACUGCGAAAGGAGGUUAUGUCGGGUUGACCGCACCAGGAGAUGUUGGUUCAUGGCAAAGAGAAUUCAAAGGCUAUCAAUUUUGGACAAAUGUAAAUGACGACGGUUCUUUCGUGAUUGAAAAUGUACGAGAAGGAAUCUAUAAUUUGUUUGCGACAGUCCCCGGGUUCAUCGGGGACUAUAAACGCGAUAUUUCAGUAAACAUAAUCGCAGGUGGCAAUGUAGUGGUUGGUGAUGUUGUUUAUCAACCUCCACGUAACGGUCCAACAUUGUGGGAGAUUGGUUUUCCGGAUCGUUCUGCAGCCGAAUUCUACAUUCCUGACCCCAAUCCUCUGUAUAAAACCAAAACUUCCUUAAACAACUCUGACAGAUUCAGGCAAUAUGGGUUGUGGGAAAGAUACACCGAAUUGUACCCAAUUAACGAUUUAGUUUACAAAGUUGGUGUGAGCAAUUACAAGAAAGAUUGGUUCUUUGCUCAAGUAACCCGCAAAACUAGCGCGAAUGUAUACAUUGGAACUACAUGGCAAAUUCAGUUUAAACUCGGGAAUGUGAUUCAAACCGGAAACUAUACAUUAAGAUUGGCGCUUGCAUCAGUUCACAUGGCAAAGUUAGAUGUUCGGAUUAAUAAUAUAGAUGAAGUUUCGCCAUUGUUUUCGACGGGACCAAUUGGUGACGACAAUGCGAUUGCUAGACAUGGAAUUCAUGGGCUAUAUUGGUUGUUCAAUGUGAACAUUCCACAUAGAAUGUUGAUCAAUGGAGAAAACAUAAUAUAUUUGACACAAUCAAAAGGUAGAAGUCCUUUUAAAGGUAUAAUGUAUGAUUACAUUCGUUUAGAAGCACCAAAACUUUAA